AUGAUCUCCCCCAACAUGGAUUCCAGAACGAUGCCCAUGCCUCGAGACUCAAACCAAGUCAUACCGUCCUUCCGCGAGCUCGAAGCCAAAGUCGAAGCCAACAUGCUUGAGGAUAAAGGGGAGCGGCUGAGGCGUGGAGAAGGAAAGGGAGAUAUCGUCUAUGUCGAUAAUCCUUUCCCACCGUAUCCUCUUCAAGGAUCCAGGAUCCCUCCUGACCCCAGUCACAAUUACCCAGUCCGUCUCCCCCUGCGAGCAAAGGAAUACGACAACAUCCCAACCAACCAGCAACCUCCAAGCCCCAACAAAAGAGCCCUCCCUCCCCCCCGACUCCAAGUAUGGCAAAGCUACUCCCCAAGAAUCAAAGAGGCACCAUCCCCAUCCCCCUGCUCAACAACAACCGAGAAACAACGACCAGACCCCCAACCCCAAGCACCCCAGCCCCGAACCCGCAAACACAAAGCCGAAGCACCAGAAAGCAACCGCCACCGCCUCCGCAAAAUAAGCGUCCAAUUCACCGAAGUAGCAGCCCACACUGCAAAAUGCGACGAGUGCAACAAGCGCAACCAAAGCGGCAUGUCCCGCUGCAAGCACUGCGGCUGGCAAAUCUGCAACCAAUGCAAGAAUGACAGAGGCGGAGACCAAUCCCACGCCUCAUUCGGGGCAAUACAUGUCCCUGAGAUUGGUGGGGAUGUUCUGGACGGUGCUCAUGACCGUCGUGUUUAUUCGAGUCCUGAGCUUGAGGCUGCUAAGGCGCUGGUUCAGUUGGCUAGUGAUGCUCGUCGGUUUGAUGAGGGGUUGGAGCGGUUUUCUCAGAGACAGGAAAUCGAGACGGAUUCGGAUAUGACGCUUUCUGUUGCUGGGGAUGAGUGGACUGGUGAUGAUCCUGAGGUUGCGGUUGAUGAUCAUGGUCGUUUGCUUGGGUAUUUCAUUGCGAGGCGGAACCCGAGUCGGGCUGCGAGGCCUUCUUCGAAGUUGACUGAGUGA